AUGUCGGCGACCACGACAGACAACCCUAUCACUACUAGGCUCCAGCAAGACUACCUCCACGAUUACAACAUUCGUCUUACUGGGGGCGUUGAAGAAGCAUACGCGAGACCUUCCAGAGAUGCACCGCUGCCGACGGUUGAAAACCCGCCCGACUGGUACGACCAGCAUCGACAGGUGCCUCCGUACAGGCCCAUCAAUAGAGAAUUGGAUCUGUCUGAGAGGCCAUGGGGAUCGAACCGGAUCGAGACGGGAUUCGUCUUUGUCAUGCUGAAUGGAUGUUGGUUUCAAGGGGUUUCCAACUGGCUUUGGAGGAGUACAGGGGGCAAAUUGAACGAGAACUAUUGGAGAUUCAAGGUCGGCGGCGAGAUUUAG